AUGAUCGCUUCAAACCCCCUCAAUCUGGACCUUGAGUCCCCCCACGAGCCAUCCAACACUGAGCACGCAUUCUUCUCCCUACUAACAACAUAUCUUCCCGAAACUUCCUCCAUCACUCCGGACCAAGCAGCAAACCAGAUCAAUGCUCUGCUCCCUUCCCACCGCCCGGGUCCAAAAGAGGAAAAAGAGUCUACAGCCAGUUUCCUCUUUGAGUUCUGGGAGUUGAUGUUUCGCAUCGCGCCACAGUUGGAUUACCGACAUGAGACAAUGCAGCGCUUCGUUGCUCUUGUCAAAGCAUUAAGAAAUUUGCCCGAGACGAUUGUUAUUCAGGACGGGGGCAAUUACGAUGGUCAGCCUGUAUGGCGAGAUGGUCUUUAUUUCGAACCGAUGCUGCAUGAGCGGUGGAAUCGAAUCCCCGAAAACAAACCCCCGGAGGAUCUCUACGCCGUCCGCUGGCGAAAUAUGAACGGCCUCCUAGCCCACUUCACUAACCACAACCUCUGCACCAACGCCUUCCGCGCCCUCGCCUGCAUAAUCAAGGCCCUUGAGGAAUUCCGGAGAAAGAAACCCAAGACUCCGAUUAACCGUCGUGUGCCCGCUGCUGCCAUCUGGUUUGUUCUUUGUCCAUCCAUGAUAUACGAGGCUUGCCAGCGGCAGGAAUGCGCGGAUCGCGAGGUGCCUGGGGGGCUUUGGAAGGGCGAGCCGCAGCAGGGGUACUCGAUUGCUCGGUGGGCCUUUUGGAGGAAGAGGUUUGGGGAGGUGGAAUGUCAUUCGGAUGCUACGGAGGCGACCCAGGAGGCUUGCAGAGCUGCAAUAGAGGGGAUGGAUAGGUGCGUAGCUCGUGGUGGUUGA